UUUGUACAUAAACAUUUCGUGUUUUUGUAAUACUUCUGAACCAUCAAUUUUUCUUCUGUGAACUUCUGCUCGUCCACAAAACUAGUGUUCUUCUGUAAAUCUAUCACAGAUAUGGUAGGAAGAAGCUACAGCUUAAACAUGCGUGGAGUUGAGUCCCAGGAUCUUAGGAUAGCUCUUUAUGAAAUGAAGGAAGAUGUUCAGAGACUCCAAGAAGAGUUAGACGCCGAGAGAGAAGCCACUGCCACGUCAGCGAGCGAAGCCAUGUCAAUGAUUCUAAGGCUCCAAGGAGAAAAAGCUGCUUUGGUUAUGGAAGCUAGCCAGUACAGGAGAAUGGUGGAGGAGAGAAUGUCUCACGCUGAGCUGUCCCUGGAGCUUUUGGAGGAUCUGAAUUACCAGAAAGAAGACGAAAUCAAGAAUCUCGAAAGCAGGUUAUAUGCCUACAAAUGCAAGCUUUUGAGCUUGGGAUGUAAGGGAACCGAUGAUGAUCGUUCUUUUAGUGAUAUGAGAUGGUGUGAUAGAUCACAAACACCAUCUCCAGAACCGGUUGAUACAGAUGUUUUGGUUCCUGUGGAGAAGGAAGUUAUUGAGCAGAGCUUGGAUUCUUCAAGAAAACAUCAGGAGAAGAAUUUAGAUUUGUGUUGGGAUCAGAUCAAGAAGCUAGAUGAGCAAUUAAAAGAGCUUACAGAUUCUAUAAAAAUGGAGACGUUCUCUGUGUCAGAAACUAAGAAUGGAGAAAUAAGUGAAGCUUUUGCUGCCAGCUCGUCAAACAUUCAAGAUAUGGUUCCAAAGGUGUGCAAGAAAUCAUCUAAACGGAAGAGGAAAAGAAGCGUAAAGAGAGAUCAUGUACAAGGUGGUUUUUCUGAAAAUGAUGCAGAGUAUCAAGCAGAGUUGCAGCGGUUGAGAGAGAGAGUAGAGCAGCUUGAGCGGGCUAGAUGCACCGCAGAGCCUCAAACUAGUGAAGUAAAGCAAGAAGAAGAGUUAAGUGUUGUCCAAGCUGAAAUGAAGGAUUCAAGAACAACUGUGGAGUUACUUCCUUGUUAUGACUCAGCUAUUGUCUCUGUCCAAGAGGCAAUGCUUUACUUCUGGCUGUGAGACAUGCCUGGACUUGGCGGCAUUAGAGCGAGUAAGAAUACACUAACUGAGAUUUCUACAAAUAGGAAGAUCAUCUUUGAUUUAAUUUAAGAAGUAUACAAGCCUAUAAGUGUGUCAUUAAGGUGUGAUUGAGAUUGUAUUUGUGUUAUUUUGUUUGCUGGUAGCAAGAUUCACCUUUUUGUGUAGUUGAGCCUUUGGGAAGCAAAUAUGGUUCUGUUUGCUAGAUAUUUCAUAUCAGAGAAUUUAGAGAAGAAUGAAAGUGAAAGUUACUAA